CACAAAUACUUCACACUCACUUCACAAGUUAUGGCGGCUCUAACGGAGCUUUCAGACACCACCAUGCUCCACUCCUCUCUUCUACCAUCAAAUGACUCAACCAGUCACGCUUGCUGUGAUUUUUUCUCUGCAAACUCCUUCAGCCAACCGGUGCUCGAAUGUUCCGAUCACAUAGCGUUCAUUAAUGAAGGCUUGUUUCAAGGCCUGCAACUACCAACAAGGAUUGCGGCUGAGGAACUGGUACAUGCCAUUGCUCCGGUGGAUGUCAGCGGGGAAUCCAGUGAAGACAGCACGACGAAUAAAGCAAUGCUAUGUGUGGGUGAGAUGAAAAGGAUGAAACCGGAUGCCAGGUGUAGAAUUGGGUUUAGAAUGAAAUCGGCGGUGGAGAUACUGGAUGAUGGAUUCAAGUGGCGGAAGUAUGGGAAGAAGUCGGUGAAGAACAGCCCAAAUCCAAGGAAUUACUACCGUUGCUCCAGCGAGGGUUGUUCUGUAAAGAAGAGAGUGGAGAGAGACCCUCAGGAUUCAGACUAUGUGAUUACAACAUACGAGGGAGUGCACAACCACAUUAGCCCAGGUGCUGUAUCUUACGGUCGUUAUCAAUGCAUCUCUCACUCUUCUUGAUGGCUAAAGAUACAUGGAGGUCAUAAGCUGCUAUUUCUUCAUAUUUAGUAAGAACCGGAGCUGCCAUAACCGAUGCCAUACCAUCUACCAAUUAGAUAGCUGCUACCUCCCCAUGUCUUUGACAUGCGCUUACCCGAUAUGUCGCUCAUAUAUUUCAAAGCAUCUAUCAGCACAAUCAAGCCAGACCCAACUCGCUGAAACCCUACCUAGAAGGAGAUAUUUUUGGCACUUCGAAGCAGCAACAUCAGUACCCAACAAUGAGACCUGGUUAAGCCUGUAAUACCGUUGCAUUGACACGAUCUUCUUCUUUUUUAUUUUUUUGGUAAGUAUUGACAUGAUCUUCUUUGAUAGCCACGCACAGUCGAUAGAAACUCCGAGCUAUUUGUAAUGUGAGAAGCAUGGCAGAUGAAAUUUAACUGCUGAAAUGAAUGUUCUAUAUACAGCACAGAUUCAGAUUCCGGCAUCAACGGCAAAAUAUUAGAAUGCUACUGCUUUACUGCAAAAAAA